UUUUCCUUGUACAGAUGCAACUCAAACACGGAUGUCCAUGCGCGUCUGCAUCUGGUUUAUUUGGUUCCCGGUCAAUCCUCUCUUCAAAAGGCAUAAUUAGAGCUCCUAUGACGUGCACAAGCCGUGUCUGUUUUGAUGAAAAGCGUCUCCUAGAUUCACUCUACAAGGUCUUGCUUUCUAUAUUGGAAACUGAUUCUGUUAUCUUAUACAUCAAGAAUGUUGAGAAUGACUUUCGACAAUAUCCUAGGAUGUACAAUUUGUUCCAUGAGCUAUUAAAUAAACUUUCAGGGUCAGUUUUGAUACUUGGUUCCCGGAUUUAUGAUUCCGAAGAUAAAUGUGUAGAAGUUGAUGAAAAACUCACUAUGUUAUUCCCUUGCAACAUUGAGAUCAAACCGCCUCAAGAUGAGUCUCGUCUCAAAAUUUGGAAAGUCCAACUAGAAGAGGCCAUGACAAAGACUCAGUUGAAACACAUUUCUCAAGUGCUUGCAGAGAAUAACAUUGGUUGUGAUGACUUGAAUACUAUCGGUCAUUCUGACACUAUGCUACUAAGUAAUCACAUCAAAGAGAUUGCCGCAUCUGCAGUGUUUUAUCAAUUGAUGGAUAACAAAAAUCCAGAGUACCGAAACGGAAAACUAGUUAUAUCAGCCGAGAGUUUGUGCCAUGUAUUGAGCGUGUUCCAGAAGGGUGAAAGUAGCGAUAAUGAUAAUAAGAAGACUACAAAAGAAUCAAAGAAGGAAGUUCCUCCUGACAAUGCCUUUGAGAAGAACAUAAGACGAGAGCUUAUCUCUGCAAACGAGAUAGGGGUGACUUUUUCAGAUAUUGGUGCAUUGGAUGACGUUAAAGAAUCACUUCAAGAAGCAGUUAUGCUUCCCCUUAGAAGACCAGAUAUAUUCAAAGGGGAUGGGGUUCUGAAGCCAUGUAAAGGUGUAUUACUUUUUGGACCUCCUGGUACAGGAAAGACAAUGCUCGCAAAGGCAAUUGCAAAUGAAGCUGGAGCAAGUUUCAUCAAUGUCUCUGCAUCCACAAUCUCUUCAUGUUGGUUUGGAAACGGUGAAAAGAACGUCCGAGCUUUGUUUUCACUAGCAGCAAAGGUUUCCCCAACUAUUAUUUUCAUUGAUGAAGUUGAUAGCUUGCUUGGGAAGCGGUCUGACAAUGAUGACAAGACAAUGAGAAGGAUUAAAAAUGAAUUCAUGUCCCACUGGGAUGGACUAUUGUCAAAACCUGUCGAGAAAGUUACUGUUCUUGCUGCAACCAACAUGCCAUUUGGCCUUGAUGAAGCAAUUAUAAGACGCUUCCAGCGCAGGAUAAUGGUUGGUCUUCCGUCUGCUGAGAAGAGGGAAACGAUCUUGAAAACUCUUCUAGCUAAGGAAAAACACGAAGAUAUAGACUUCAAAGAGCUUUCAACUAUGACAGAAGGAUAUAGUGGAAGCGACCUUAAGAACUUGUGCACCACUGCAGCCUAUCGCCCCAUUAAGGAGCUAAUGCAACAGGAGAAGGAAAAAGAAAUGGUAGAUGCUAAACUAUUACAUAUAAUAAUAAAAAGAAGAAAAAGGAGGCAGAAGUUGAAAAAUCAGAAGAUGUUUCCAAUACUGGAGAUGAAGAAAAAAGUGAUCAAGUGAUUGCCCUCAGGCCUCUAAACAUGGAAGACAUGAGACAGGCAAAGGAAAAGGUGGCUGCAAGUUAUGCUACAGAAGGAUCAAAUAUGAAAAUGCUGGAGCAAUGGAAUAAUUUGUAUGGAGAAGGAGGUUCAAGGAAGAAAGAGGAGCAGCUCAGUUAUUUCAUUUAGAUUGUAGAAAAAUAGUUCUAAUAUGGACAUGUCAAUAUUGAACUCAAAGAAAGUAGGAGUAAAUGGUAAACAUUUUAGAUAUGAUUAAUAUUUCUAAAUCACAUGCUUAGACAUUAAUUUUUUUAAAACUGAUUUUAUGGUUCCAUUGGACAGCCAAGUCAGCGGCUUUUAAACUGAACACAAUGUUUUUUUUUUUUUU